GUCUCUUCUCCCUAUCGACCCAAACGAACCAUACAAGCCUGCUUGACGACGCUGAAGCGCUGCUCAGGUUGUGCUGCACGUCUGGAACGUUCUCUUAGCUGUUGUAUACGUAGAGGCAAAUUGAAGACCUCUACCGAGGCAAUAACGCCGAAUGGCACCUUCAACAACAGCUCGCGCUCGCUGGGGACCCAUACGCUCGUUGCUGUGCCUCUCCCCGCUCUUCAUUGCUGCGCCAUGGCUUGCAUAUAGGGAGCAUCGAGCCCUGCCAGAGCCCGUCGUAGACUUGAUUAAUCCACAGACCGCUCUCCCACAAUUAUCCGAGGCGCAGAUGCUCGCACACGCGAAAUACUUGUCAGAAGACAUUGGAUACCGCACGGUCGGGACGCGUGAGCAUGCGCUUGGUGACGCAUGGAUGUUCGCGCGUGCAGAGGAGCUGAAGGCACAGUGCGACGAAAUUGUGAAGUCUGUGCCUGGUCGGAAGCUGGAAUGCGAGAUUUGGCGGCAGGAGGGCAGUGGGCAUCAUCGCUUCGAUAUCAUGGCGAAACGGCUGUACAAGACCUACGUAAACCUCUCGAACAUCAUUGUGCGCGUGUCGGACGGAACAAAGGCGGGCAAAGAACAUGCAGUGCUGGUCAACUCGCACCUUGACAGCACGCUGCCAUCGCCCGGUGCCGCGGAUGAUGCGCUUGCUGUCGGUGUCAUGCUGGAAUGUAUUCGGGUUUUGAUCAACACGCCUGGGUGGGAACCGAAACAUGCCGUUAUCUUCUUGUUCAACAACGCUGAGGAGUCGUUGCAAGAUGGAUCGCAUUUGUUCUCUACACAGCAUCCUAUAGCAAACACUGUGCGGGCAGCGAUCAACUUGGAAGCUGCUGGAUCCACGGGCCCCACGCUACUGUUUCAGGCUACGUCUGAACAGAUGAUUCAAGCAUAUUCGCGAGUUCCGAGACCGUGUGGCACCGUCGUCGCGAGCGAGGUCUUCAGCUCGGGAGUUAUGUUGUCAGACACGGAUUUCAGGCAGUUCGAACUCUACUUGAACGUCACGGGACUGGAUAUGGCCGUCGUCGGAAACAGCUAUCUCUAUCAUAUGCGAAAGGAUCUCGUGGAGAACAUUGAACCUGGCGUCGCACAACACAUGGGCGACAACACUCUUGCGCUCCUCCAAUUCUUAUCGUCUUCUGAGUCCCCGCUGCCAUCGCUAACAGCUGGCUAUGCUAGGCCUACGACCGUUUACUUCCAGAGCUUCAGAUACUUCAUCGUAUACUCUUUCGACACCGCCAAGAUCCUCUACUCCUUUCUCUUCGGCCUCUCGGCGUCGUUCUCGGUGCUGACAUAUAGUCCUCCCGCACCUGCGCUGAAGCAGCCACGAGGUUUUAUCGGCGAUCAUCUGCGAGGAUCCUUCGCCGUUGGUUGCGCCGUUGUUGGUGCUGCUGUUGGCGCAAACGUCGUAGCUUUCAUUAUGGCUGAGGUGCUGAAGAAGCCGCUGAGCUGGUUUUCGGAUGAGCUUUCUUGUGUAUUGCUCUAUGGCCCAGCUGCUUUGGCAGGUGCUCUAGUAUCUCAGCUCUUCGUGCCGAGCGUCCGCGAGAGGACGGUCUUCACCUCCUUGCUGCUGACACAAAGUGCCCUUGCAUGGGGUAUCCAGAGCAUCGGCAUCGGCUCUGCCGCCUUGUUCUUCCUCUCCAGUCUGCCGCUAUGCCUGGCCUUACUUCUCAAUUCCCUCAUCUCGACCGGACCUGAUGUCUCUCUAUGGAGCUACGCCAUCGGACAGCUCACCCCGCUGACGACUGGUUUCCAACUGGCGUUUGAACUGUUGAACGUAUUCGUGCCUUUGACAGGACGCAUGGGUGGGGAGGCCCCGGCUGAACAUAUCAUUGCCACUAUCGUCGCCGUCGUAGGUUCAUACGUCCUUCCUCUUCUGAUCCCCUUCAUCCACCGCUAUGAUCGUGGCGUUCUUGUGCGGUCUAUUGCCCUCGUCUCGAUGGCCACUGCCGUUUCCAUCGCGGUGUUCUCGGCGCGGAACCCCUUUGACGCUAUGCAUCAAAAGCGUUUAUUUGUCAUUCACAUGGAGAACAUCACGAGUCAGGAACAGCACUUGCACAUUGCCGCGGCAGACAGUGCGCCAGGCUUUGAUGCCCUCGCGCACGACAUCGCUGAACGCUUCGGGGUUUCGGGAGUGCCGCCGACUCCGGUGAUCAUGAACGACUGGAACGCAGACUGGGACACCAUCUAUCCUUUCUCGACGUUCAUCACCCCGUACAAGAUGGAGUUACCUCUCAAAGAGGAGUACAUGGAUCUCUUGGACUACUCCUUCGCUGUCAGCGCUGUCAAUGACCACAUCGACACCGCCGCGGGUACGAGGAAGCUCACCCUCAAGGUCACACACCCUGGUAUCAUUUGGACGGCCGUCGCCUUUGAUGCAAACGUGCUCGAAUGGGAUCUUGACGACAGUCCGCCAGAUGAGCUCGCGCGGCACCACAUCAAGGAGGGUUCCUUCUAUGGGCAUGAUACCUGGACGGUCGACCUCCUGGUGAAGCUCGCGCCUGAGGGCCCCGCAGACGGCAAGAUCCGGGUCGACUUCGUCGGUAUCCACGAGAAGGCGAUGUGGCCAGGCAAGCGGGCGGAGAAGCACCUCGGUGGACGCGCGAUGAAGCUGUUUGAGGAGCUCGAUGGCUGGCUGGACGAGACGACCGGCGGGACUGUCGACGCGACGCUUUUGGGAUGCGUUGGUGGGGUUGCAUGGGUGUAGUAACUCUGACGGGGCUUCGUCUGGUGUUUGAUAUCAUAGAUUCCUGUUCCGCUAUCCCAUGCUAACGCUAACCGUUACGACACUACAUUCUGCCUGUCACUGUGUUCUGUAGGUUGGCGGUGUUUUCAUUUUCCGCUGCCUCCAAACCAUUAUUCAUCUUCUGAGACAUUUCAGUCUGCACACUGAUUUGGCCGUUGAUUAUCCUAGCUAUGUGGGUGAAAUAUACAUGCUUACUUCAC